AGGCGCCACUGGCAGAACAGAUUUUUAAAACUGACUCAAUUAUAUGUUAUGUAAAGAAACUCACUUCAAACAUAAUGAUAUAGAUAAGUUAACAGAAAAAGAUCCGAGCCAGAUAUACUAUGCAAACACUAAUCAAAGAAAGCAAGACAGGCUAUAUUAAUAGCAGAUAAAUUUAUUUCAGAGCAAAGAAAAGCACCAGUUACAAGAAAGGACUAUUACAUAGUGAUAGAAGGGCCAAUACACUAAGAAAACACAGCAAUUCUAAGGGUGUACGCAUCAAACAACAGAGAUGCAAAACAUAUGAUGCAAUAUAAUGAUAGAACUGAAAGAAAUAAGACACAUCCACAAUUAUAGUUGAAGACUUCAACAUCUUCCUCUCAACAACUGAGAGAAUAGUUAGAAAAUCAGCACAGAUAUAGAAGCACUCAAAAAACACACUAACCAAUGGGAUCUAAUUGGUAUUUCCGGAACACUCCACUCAAAAAUGGCAGAACAUGUCCCUUAAACUGGUCCCAUCUCCCACCCUUCCUUGACCUCCCUACAGCAUACCGUAAACACACUCCCCCUUUGUCCUCAGCCUCUACCUUGAAUAGUCCCUUUACCUUGUUGCCUGAUUAGAAACCUGGCUUCUUCUAUUUGCAACAGGAAAUGCUUUUUAGUCACUAAGUAUAUUUCUUCCUGACUAUAACAGUAACAAGGGGAUACAGAAUAGAAAAUUCAGAAAAGUGUGAAAUAGGUAUAUAUGUUUAAAAUCACCAUAAUGUCUUCAUCACCCAAAGACAACUUUCGGUACAGUUUUAUCAUAACAGUUUAAAAAUAUACGCAUAGAAAAUUGGGGGUUCUCACUGCAUGUGCUGUUUCACAGUCCUUUUUUAAAAAAUCUAAUGUUACAUAUAAAAAUAUUUUUGAAAGCUACCUGAUGUUCCUUCCCUUUAGGCCGUACCGUACUUUAGUCGUGCCCAUUUGAGCUGUUUUCCAAUCUUUCUCAAAUUAAGUAAGUAACUCUAUGAUGUACCUAAGUCUUUUAUUUGGAUCUAAUUACCUUCUUCAGAGAAACUCCUUGAAAUUAUUGGGGCAAAGUGAACUUUUAAUUGUUAAUAAAUUUUUUUAAAAUUACACAAAACGAAAAUUUCAUCAUCGGAUUCUACUCCAUAGAAAGUCUAGGGCGGCUUCCUCCCAGUUUGAAUCGGACCGUCUCAAAUUCCCCUCCAGUCCUAAAUUUUCAGUCUCGGUAAACAUCUCCCAGCAGCCCGCACCCACGCCUGCGCACAAUCGCCCAAACGCAGGCCUCCUGACCGAAGGGGAAACUUAAGGACACGCCCCCGAAGCGCAACCUCUUUAAAUUUUAAAAUGAAGGCCCGAGCCAAUGAAUGUUAAGUUUCUCCCGGAACUGGGUGCCCCGCUCACAGCCACGCCCUCCACCAAUCAGGCAGAGAGCUUCUCCGUCGUCCUUCCAAUCAGCGCCAAGGCUGGGAGUUACUCACGUAAGUUACGUAAGGCGAGCGACCAAUAGGAGCUGAGUCGGGGGGCUGACUCCGCCAAUGGCAGCAGCGCUUGGAGAGCGCGGGAGCUUUUCCACCGGGACUCCUGAGGGAAAGUGGUGAAUGGCGCUGGUUCCCUGAGGCGAGGGCCGAGAGGACGGCGGCGCGGGCCCCGGCCGGAGCCCGGGGGCGGCGGCGCGGCCGGCAUGGCCUGCUGUCACAACGUUAUGUUGCUGCUGGACACCGCGGGCGGUGCCGCCGGCCGGAGCCCGGCCCGGCGGGCCGCCCUGCGCCUCCUCACUUACCUGAGCUGCCGAUUCGGCCUGGCCAGGGUCCGCUGGGCCUUCAAGUUCUUUGACUCCCAGGGGGCGCGGAGCCGGCCGUCCCGCGUGUCUGACUUCCGCGAGCUGGGGGCCCGCUCCUGGGAGGACUUCGAGGAGGAGCUGGACGCCGUGCUCGGGGACGGCGCCCACGGCGCCCACCUGCCGGGCCCGGCGUCCAGGGCCAGCCACACGCACGGCGCCCUGAUGGAGACGCUGCUAGACUACCAGUGGGACCGGCCCGAGAUCACGUCGCCCACCAAGCCGAUCCUGCGCAGCAGCGGGAGGAGACUGCUGGACGUGGAGAGCGAGGCCAAGGAGGCCGAGACUGCGCUCGGGGGCUUCGUGAACGCGGUCUUCCUGCUGGCCCCCUGCCCGCAUUCGCAGAGGGAGCUGCUGCAGUUCGUGUCCGGGUGCGAGGCGCAGGCCCAGCGCCUGCCGCCAGCCCCUAAGCAGGUGAUGGAGAAGUUGCUGCCCAAGCGAGUGCAGGAGGUCAUGAUCGCCCGAAAAAUCACCUUGUACUGGGUGGACACCACCGAGUGGCCCAAGUUGUGGGAGUCCCCAGAUCACCUUGGGUACUGGACAGUGUGUCAACUUCUCCACCUUGUAGGAGGCACUAUCUUACCAUCUGAAACUUUCAGCCAGGAUUGUACUAAAGCUGGGAAAAUACUACUUGGUAGUGAAAAAAAGCUGUCAAGUGAAUCUCCCCUCACUUCAUGGAUUUCGACUCUGCCAUCUGAUGCCACUUUAAACUGUUUGCUCUAUAAUUCUCCUGCGUAUGAAGCCUCAUUUCCACGGAUGGAAGGAAUGUUAUUUCUCCCUGUUGAAGACAAAGAGAUUCAAGAAACAUGGACAGUCACCCUAGAGCCCUUGGCCAUGCAUCAGAGACACUUUCAGAAGCCAGUCAGGAUUUUCCUAAAAGGCACAGCAGCCCGGUGGUCUCUCCCAGCGAGUAGCAUUUUGGGCACCGAUAGCUGGUUGCUACAAAGUCCAGAGGAGAGCAAAUCAACUCAAAGGCUGUUAUUUCAGCAGCUGGUAAGCAGGCUGACUGCUGAAGACUUACACCUGGUUGCCAGCGUGGACCCUGGUGAAGGCUGGCCCCCCAUCACUGGAGUUAUUUCCCCCCUCUCUACCAAUGCUACGAUUCUCACUGUGUUCCGCACCGAGGAGGCUGAAUUUCAAAGACAUUUUCUCCAAACAGUUGUGGCAGAGAGCCCCCAGGAUACAGCGUCCCUUUUUUCUGAUGUUAUGGAUAUUGUACUGAGUCAGAUUCACAGUUCAUUUGAGGAUCCUGCCACCUGUGCUCCUCCUGUUCCAGAGUGGGCCCAGCAGGAGCUUGGCCGCACCGGUCCUUGGAGCGCGGCCGUCAUGGAGAAGUGGUUCCCCUGCUCUAACCUGACUGGCGCUAGUUCAAGUCUGAUGGAGUCAUUUUGGUUACUACAGGCUGCCUCAUCUAAUAAGGAAGAGUCUUCCAAAACUGAAAGUGAAUUAACGUGUUGCCUCUCUGACCUCUACCAGAGAAAGUCUCGGGAAGAAUCCACUGUGUCUAAUCAGGAAGACAGCAAAAAGAAACGAGGGGUCCCUCGCACCCCGGUGAGGCAGAAGAUGAACACCAUGUGCCGUUCCUUAAAGAUGUUGAAUGUCGCGAGGCUGAACGUGAAGGCCCAGAAGUCGUGUCCAGAUGGCAGUCCAGAUGCCACCGGGGAGAAGGGGAUCCCAAGGGCAGCCGUUGGAAGAACGGCAGAUAAAGUGGAAAACCGAGGGAGAACACUCCGAAGCUCUAAACCUAAAGACUUGAAGACUGAAGAGGAGCUCCUGUCUUACAUACAUGAAAAUUACCAAAAGACUGUGGCCACAGGAGAAAUCAUGUUGCAUUCAUGUGCUCGGAAUAUGAUCUCAACCAUUAAAGCAUUCCUAAAGUCAAAAGGCACCAAGGAAUUGGAAAUGAACUGCCUGAAUGAGGUAAAAAAUCGCCUCUUAAAAACUAGCAAAAGUCUUCGACAAAAUCUGGGCAAAAAACUGGAUGAAGAUAAAGUCAGAGAGUGCCGGCUUCAGGUAUUUCUUCGUUUGGAGAUGUGUCUGCAGUGUCCUUCUCUACAUGAAAGUGUAGACGAUAUGGAGCAAGUGGUGAAGGAGGUGACAGAUUUGCUGCGCAUGGUGUGUUUAACUGAGGAUUCGGCAUACCUCGCGAAGUUUCUGGAAGAAAUUUUGGAGUUGUAUAUUGGCUCCAUCCCGAAGACACUCGGAACUCUUUACGACAGCCUGGGGUUUAUGAUUCCUCAGAAGCUAGCUGGCGUCCUUCCUCUAGACUUUUUCAGCGAUGACUCCAUGACACAGGAGAGCAGAUCACCGCUUCUUUCUGUGCCUCUUCUGUCAAGUGCUCAGAGAUCAGUGUCGGGCGGCACUGAAUCUGACCAACUGGAGGAGCUUCGUACCAGAUCAGCUAAGAAGAGAAGGAAAAAUGCGUUAAUAAGACAUAAAAGCAUUGCAGAGGUUUCACAGAAUCUUCGGCAAAUUGAAAUUCCCAAAGUGUCCAAGAGAGCUACAAAACAUGAAGGCUCUCACCUUACUCUUCAGCAGCCUCCAGUCCUGGCAAAAGAUACAGUGCAAGAAGUGACCAAAGUUCGAAGAAAUCUCUUCAACCAUGAAAUGAUUUCUCCUUCAAAGAGAUUGGCAAAGCGGGGGUUGCCCAGAAGCCAUUCUGUGUCGGUUGUGGAAGGUUUGGAGAAUAAACUUAACAACUUGAAGAAGAAGACCAAAGGUUAUCACAAACUGCUGACUAAGAGUGUGGCUGAGACUCCAGUACAUAAGCAAGUCUCCAGAAGGCUUCUUCAUAGACAAAUCAAGGGCAGGUCCUCGGAGCCUGGUCCUGAUAUUGACAUAGUCGAAGAGUCCCCAGAAAAAGGAGCAGACGAAAUAAGCUUGAGACGAAGUCCUCGAAUCAAGCAGUUGUCACUCAGCAGGACAAAUUCUGGUUCCUUCUAUUCUGCGUCUCAGCCCAAGUCUCGAAGUGUGCAAAGAGUUCACUCAUUCCAGCAAGACAAAUCAGACCAAAGAGAAAAAUCUCCAAACCGAAGUAUUCGUUCUCCCAAGAGACUGCUUUUUGGGGCAUUGCAUGAGAUGGUCAGUCCUUCUGAGAAGGGUUCAGCUCGACUUCAGAGGACUUCAAGAAGCACAUUGGGUUCUGAGAUACCUACAGCUUAUCAGACUCCCAAGAAGAGUAACCGGAAAUCUCCAAGCUCCUCUAAAGCGACGCCGAGACGGUUCCCUCGUAUGCCACGAACUCCACUGCGCACCCGUGAAAGGUGGCAGAAACCCCCUACCGAAGUGACCCCUGUGAAACAGGCCAUGUUUGAGGAGUCCUUAAAAGACUCCUCACAGGACUGGGGCUCACCAUCUCAACCAAAAGUCACUCCUCAGAAAGGCUGCUCCCUGGCUAAAGGAGGAACCUCUCCUCUUGAAAAGAAGAUCCCAAGAACCCCCGGAAGGCCAGGUGGUCAGCCAGCUGGAUUUCUGCGGAAUUCUACUUGGCCCCUCUCGGUGACCUCCAGUCCAGAAAGCACCCCCUGCCCCGCAGCCCCCAACGGGACCGCAGGUCUGAGUCCUGCCGGGUCCUCUCCGCGAGUGGCAGCCUCAGGGGCGCGGGGAGAGACGCCUCCGGACCAGGAGCACCACCGUCCCUGUGUCCCCGGGGCCUCCCAGGCAGGGGAGCUAGCACAAAAAGGAAAGGAGAAAGCCUCCUCCACCCCCGGGAGCCCGGGGACGACAAGUCUGGUGCCUCCCCCAUCUCCUCCUCCAGAGAAGCCUUUCACCUUUCCCUCAGGCAAGGUUUCCAAGAAGAGUCCAUUUCAGAAAUUUUCGACAAACUCUCCUUCCCCCAGAGAAAUGGACUGGAGAGAGCCCUGGAAAGCCCCCAAUGUAGCCUCACCUCUCUCCUGUCCUGCUCCCUCAACUCCUCCCAGAAUCCUGCAGAAUGCCCAGUCUGACCCCGCACCCCCUCGGCCCCCUUCUAAAACUGGAAAAAGGUGCAGAGAGCCCUCGGAUCUUGCAAGCAGCUUCCUGGAGCACCAGCCUAGUGCCUCUGCUGCUCCUAGAGAGGCCCCAGCUGACAACCCAGCUGCCAGCACAGAUGCCGGAAAGGACCAGAAGGAAGUGAGCCUCUCUCUUCGGUCUUCCCCUGAAAGACACAGCUACCCUGGGCUUGGCUUCAGGAGGGACUGGCGUCUGUCCUCUCCUCUGCUGAUGGCGAGUGACACAGAGUAUCUCACUCUCCUGGACAAAGCACAGCUUGAUGGCAGUGAUGGCUUAAAAAGUGAUGUGGCACCAAUGGGAGAAGAGAGGCAGUCAAGGACGAUGGUUGCCAAGGAGAAGUCUUCUCCAUCGAGCCCUGGGGUUCUUCCAUCCCCUCAUUCCUGCGGGCCUGGUUCUCCCCUGACACCUUCCUACGACCUGCGCUGCACUGCAGACAGAAGGCAGCGCCAGGCCGCCGCGCAGCUGGAGGAUCUGCAGGCGUCAGCUCGGCUUCCAGAAGCCCCCGCCAGCCCGCAGACCUACGAGGUAGAGCUGGAGAUGCGAGCUUCUGGCCUGCCCAAGCUUCGCAUCAGAAAGAUCGACCCCGGCUGUCUGUGCGAAGCUGAGUCCCUACGAAGGGCGGGGAGCUCCCGGGGCGACGAGAGCUCCCUCCCUGGUGUUGGCCUGCCCCGGGCUGGCAGGUCCUCAGGAAGACCCGAAGCCACCUACGUGUCUCCCCCCUGCCUCCGCCCCUCACACAGCACCCCUGGCAAGAGCGGGGGACAGAUGUACAUCUGCCAGUCCUGUACCCCCACCCGCGGCCCCUCUAGCACCCCCUCUCCGUUUCAGACAGACGGCAGUGUUCCUUGGACCCCGUCUCCCAAGCACAGCGGGAAGACCACUCCGGACACCAUCAGAGACUGGCCCCGCAGGAAGCGGGCAGUGGGCAGCAGCUCUGCUGUGAGGAGCGAGGUCAGCGCUGACCUCCCUGCAGGGGUGUCCCUACUCGAGCCGGAGAGGAGGGAGCGAGGCCCCGAGCUCAGCAUCAGCAGAACUCCCCUCUUGGGGGAUUUUGAGCUCGAGGGGGUGUGCCAGCUGCCCGACCAUUCACCUCCUGGGGACAGUGUGCCGAAGGCCGAGGAAGCCUGCUCCUGGGGACAGUUUGGGCUGGGUUCCAGGAAGAGGCUCCUUCCUGCUGAGGAGGAAAUGGAGUGUCAAGCAAAAAGAGCGUGUGACGGGCAGAGAGGAGACCCAGAACUCAGCAAGAGCGAGGAGCGGUCUCCGGGCGUGAGCGUGCUGUACCUGCCCUCCACGGGGGAUGACGAGGUGUUCUUUUCAGGUUCCACGCCUUCUCCCGGCUGUGCCGUGCGGAGCGGCGUCUCUGCCAGCGGGCUGCAGGCCCUGACCCAGUCUCCACUGCUGUUCCAGGGGAGAACGCCUUCCUCUCGGUGGAACGAUGCCAGAGGUAAUUGUUCACGGAAGGUCCUGAGGAGUGACUGCUGGGUGCCUCCCCGGGGUCAGCUCGGGGCUGCCAGGCCGUCUGGGGAAGGAGUUCUAGGGAAGGCCGGGGUCUCGGACAGAGGACCGUCCCUGCAGGGUCCCGUGCUCUUCCCAAAGAAUCUCCGCAUUAGAACCCCAUGGUGUAGUUCCUGCUGUGUUUUCUUCAGCUUCUUGAAACUGUGACAGAUGUGGAUAUCCCACAUCCUGUGUGGCGGGAGUGGAGAGGGGUGGGCGGCACGCUGGCAGUUUUCCCACAGCGGGUUCCACGCUUCUGUACUGGAAGCUUCUGUACUGUGGUAGAUGGAGGACUGGCUGUCGUGAUCAGACUCGAGGCUUCCCUUUCCUCGACCCCGUGGCUUGCGUCUGCUGAGUGCGUGGGUUAGAAACGUCUCCUGGAACUAAAGGGGAAUGCAGGAGUGGGGGGCCUUUGGUGGUUCCUCUCCCUUGACACUCAGACAUAAAUCACGUGAAACAGCAUAAACCCCACAAUCUGAGCAAAAAAGCAUGUACCAACCCAGCUGAGGGAGUUCAAACUGCAGUACUUAGCUUUUUCCAUUAUUUACUGCCGUCCGGUCAGCGCUGACGGGUGGAGGGCGCUCACGCAGCCCGAGAACCUGCAGGCCGUGCUGGUGUCAGUCCGUCUUCGGGUGCAGCCUCUCCAGUUCAAGCCCGUUUUCUUUUGAAGUCUUUCUGCCCUUCUCUAGAUGAGGAUAUGGAUGUUUUCCCGGCCACAGAAGACUCUCCUUUCAGCCGAGCCUUCUCCAGGAGACGCCCCAUCAGCAGAACUUACACACGGAAGAAGCUGAUUAGCUAGUGAGGCUGGAACCGGUCGGGGGACUUAAAACUUCAAACACUAUGGAGCGUGGCCGGAGCCACCGUGUCCCCAGCACAGAAGACGUGUUCUGAGCGGUCUUCUCCGGGUUGGAAGUUCCAGGCUGCUCUCUGUCCCACGUAACCCUGGGCUUGCUGCACAGAAACAGGAAUCGCCAGGGCUCAGUGGAGCCAAGGGCGUUCAAGAGACGAAGCUGCAGUCAGCCCGGUCCCCAUGCCUCUUUGUGGUCAGCUGUCACAUUCUUUACUCCCUCUCUGGAAAUCCAGCCCUUACCCCUCCUUAGGGAGGUGGUGGCGCUGGGGCUGGGAGUCAGGAAGCAGGCAGGAACUGUUAAGACCAGGCACUCAUUCCAGCCCUGCCCUCCGAGAGACCAAGGCAAGUCAGUCGACCCCCCCCCCCCGCCCCUUCAUGGGUUCUUUAUGAAGCUGCCGUUAGGCUGGGCCCUGGAGAUCCCGGCAGGGCUCGUGAACUAAAGCACCACACACAAAGCUGAAGGCGGUGGCAGACAGAAUAAAUUUCUUGCCUUCCCCGUAUAAUAAUAAAGUCCUCUCUUGCUA